UGGCAUCUGGCGGUGUUUUUUUGAUUUUUUCUCAGUGCUCUCUAUCCCUCCGGCCAAGCGCCAUAACUCCACAAAACUCGAGCCGGAAUUGAAUUGUGAGUUUGUGUGCUGUGACUAGGCUUGAUCGAAUCGAAUCGAAACGGCAGUAGCUAACGAAUCAAGUUGUAACCAGCACACCAUAGACCACAUCCAGCAAGGAAUCCGCUAGCGAGGAUCGUGCUGAAACCAAGUGGAAGUGGAGGAGACGAGGACUCCAGCCGCCGCUCACAAGAACAAAAACAACAAACGACGAGUGCGCUCACACGCAAACAGGCAUUCAAAAUGGCGCCUACAAAAGCAACAACGCGCGCGGCCAUCGCCGGCGGGCAUCAUCAGCUGCAGCAGACAGGGAAUCCCAUCCUGGGAGCCCUGGGAGCUGCCACCAGGAAGGGCCUGAGUCGCCGGGCGGCCGCCACGGGGAACAUAGAUCCGAAUGCCGAGAAUAUGCAGACGCGCGCCAAACGCAAGGCCGACCAUAGUCCCAUCAAAAAUGACAAAAUCAAGCGCUCGGCGCUGGGUAACCUGACCAACAAUGUUAAGAUCAUGACACUGCAUCCGGGACAGGAUGAGGAGCAGUCGGGCGUGGGCAAAAAGCCAACGGCCCAGCAGCUGCAGGCCCUGCUCGAUGCUAAGAAACAGGAGAAUCUCAGUGUAAACGUCUUUGCCGCCAGCAAAAUGACCACGCGCGCCUCCAGCAAAGUGGAGGAUUCGGUGGAGAACUGUCACAAGGUGCUCGACAAGCUGGAGGAGGCGUUGGCCAGGCCCAAGCCGCGCCCCAAGGCAGUGCCCGCCACAAAGAAGACAGUUUUGGGGGAGAUUCAAUUACCGGCCAUGCCCAAUCCUAUGCAGAUUCCCGUAUUACUGCCGCCCACGCACAAUCUGGUUGCUCCCCAGGUUGCCGCCAUCAAGCCAGUUCGCCGGAUCUCCAAUGACUUUAACAAGACUGAGGACAGCCUGUACAUGUCCGCACUGGAGGAUGUCUCCAGCUGCGAUUCCAUGCGGCUGUCUGGAAACUUUGAGGCAGCGCGUCGUCGCUCCGCCAAGUUGCAGCAAAAGACUGAGCAGCAGCCACAGCCGCUGUUGCUGACACUCCCAGAGACUGCUCCCAGCCAGGUGGUGCCCAUUCUGCCAGUGCCCGAGGAUGUGGAGGACUUCGACCGCAAGAACUGGGACGACCCCUUCCAGGUGUCACACUAUGCCAUGGAUAUAUUCAACUACCUCAAGGUGCGCGAACCGGAAUUCCCCAUUGCCGACUACAUGCCCAGGCAGAUCCAUCUGACCACCUGGAUGCGCACCCUGCUGGUCGACUGGAUGGUGGAGGUGCAGGAAACGUUCGAGCUGAACCAUGAGACUUUGUACCUGGCGGUGAAGAUCGUGGAUCUGUAUCUCUGCCGCGAGGUGAUCAACAAAGAGAAGCUGCAACUCCUGGGCGCCGCUGCCUUCUUUAUUGCCUGCAAAUACGACGAGCGACAGCCGCCGCUGAUUGAGGACUUUUUGUAUAUCUGCGAUGGGGCCUACAAUCACGACGAGCUGGUGCGGAUGGAGCGGGAGACGCUGCGCGUUAUCAAGUACGAUCUAGGCAUCCCGCUCUCGUACCGUUUCCUGCGCCGCUAUGCCCGCUGCGCCAAGGUGCCCAUGCCCACACUGACCCUGGCCCGUUACAUCCUAGAAUUGUCACUCAUGGACUACGCCACCAUUUCGUUCAGCGACUCGCAGAUGGCAUCCGCUGCAUUGUUCAUGGCUCUGCGUAUGCACGGCGGUUCGGGGCAGCUGGACAAGCAGACUUGGGGCUCAACGCUCAACUACUACACCGGCUAUCAGCUGGCGGACUUUGCUGAAAUUGUGCCCGUGCUCAAUGCAGGACUGCAUCGCAAGCCACGGGCCACCAUCAAGACGAUACGGAACAAGUACUCGCACAAGAUAUUCCACGAGGUGGCCAAGGUGCCGCUGCUGACGAACCAGGAGCUCUUCCAGGGCAACCUCGACCUGAACGAAAGCAAUCUGUCGUAGGACAGCCUCAAAGUUUAGCCAAAUUCAACAUGUUACGCUUCACUUAGGCUCUAAGACGCUCCUGUCCCCAUAGAAACCCGUUCCCGACGAAACAGCGGACCCCCGCCUUAAUCGAAAAAAAAACCCGACCCUGAUUUUACCCCUUUACCUAGUCCCGAGUUCCCGCCAAGUCCUCACAUUUUAUUAUAUUUUAAUUAUUAUUGUGACCUUUGCAUUAUUGCAUUAUUGACAUGUUUUUGCAUAAAUAUUAUGUUAAGAGUGCUUUUGUUUCUUUUGCCAUGUAUUAUUGUUUAGUUUUCCCACAUACCGCAUACGUAGCCACACACACCCCACCCCAUCAAUCUAAACUGAAAAAUCGACAUUAUCUCUAGCACCCAACAAAAUCCCAAAAACGAUUCAUGUUUUAAUAUGUACGUUAGUCUUAAGAGAUGCCAGCAUUAAAUAAACCUAACUCGUAAGCCACCAAAGCAGACACGGAUCGCCAGUAACUUAUUCAACACAGAUACACAAACGCAAGGAUACGAAGCGACUAGCAAAGGCACGUGUGUCCUGUACAACCUGGAAAUGCGCCGCGAUCAACCCUCGUCCUGUGUACGCCAUCUACGCCAUGUGCAUCUGUUCCUGUAGUCGUUAUUAAUGCUGUUAUUUGUUAAGUCGUUCAUGGACACCCCUCCUCACCUCCUCCCCACCUCGCAUCCGCGCUCACAUUCCCGCCCCUCAAAGGACGCUCACCAAUUCCAAUUCCCGGUUCCUGCCCGCCGCCCCGCCCUGCCUCAACUCACCUCGUCCUCCCAUGGACGUUGAUAACGUUGCAUUGUUCAAGUAACUAGUUAUGUAUGUACUCAGUGUUAUGUAUGUAUCGUUUUGCCAGAGAAUACCAAUAAACAUUUUUACGUCCGUUCAAAAAUAA